UCUUCUCUGAGACGGUUCGGGCGGUGGAGUGCUGGAGGCUGUGGCAGUGAUUUUGAGCCGAGCCGGAGCGUUCGAGGGGGGCUUCCUUGAAGAAAAGGUCAUGUCUUAUUCUGAAAACAAAAGGCUAAUAUUUGGCUUAAUGGCAGGGGCUGCUGGAAUAACCUUGGUCCUCAUUUGGUAUCGCAAGACACAGAAAUGCAGCAAAGCCAUGCAUUUUCCUAAAUUUCCAAAGUCGGAGGACAGUUUUGAUUUGGUAGAUUUUCCAUAUGAAACUCAUAAUGGACAAGGGACUGUGAUGCUAUUACAAGGAAGACAGCUUCAGAUACUGGAGAAAUUGAAUGGUUUACUGGUAAGUGUGGAAGAACUUAAAAGAGAGGUGACAUUUCUGAAAGAAGCAAUUCCAAAAUUAGAAGAACUUGUUCGGGAUGAACUUCAAGGGAAUACAGAUUCUCGCAGGGCCAGCCCUUUACACAGAACAACAAAGAAGAGGAAGACUGAAACUGGCCGAGGUGUGUCAGAUACCAACAGUUCUGAAGAGGCAGAAAGUGAAGGCGGUUACAUUACAGCUCAUACUGAUACUGAAGGAGACUCUGAGGAAGAAAAAGGAUGGAUCAGGUCUUCCACAUCUGCUUUGGCACCUGAAGAGAAAAUAGAAUUAUUUAAUCUUCUACAGGAGGUGGACAGAUUACAUUGUGGUUCGGACAUCGAGAAAAGAGAGGGCUUCAAAGUGUUGUUUGACAAUGAGGAAAAGUACAGAAACCAUACUGGCUUUCUUUGGAGGCUUGCCCGAGCAUAUGGGGACAUGUUUGUGAUAACCACAGAGGCUGAAGAAAAAAAGAACUAUGCUUCUGAAGGAAAGCUUGUUGGUGAGAAUGCUAUAACUUUGGAUCCAUUAAGUGCUGAGAGUCACCAGUGGUUUGCAAUGAUGUGUGGCUACAUGUCUCAGUUUGAAAGUAUACAGAACAAAAUCAGGAAUGGAUACCUCUUUAAGGAGCAUCUAGACAAAGCAAUUGUGCUUAAGCCUCAGGAUCCCUUUUUAUAUUACCUAACUGGAAGAUGGUGUUAUGAAGUGGCUCAGUUGUCUUGGAUUGAAAAAAAAGUAGCUGCUGCUCUUUUUGGGACUCCGCCAGCUUCAACAAUCGAUGAAGCUUUGCAGAAUUUUCUUAAGGCUGAAGAAAUACAUCCUGGAUAUUCAAAAUACAAUUAUGUCUAUUUGGCAAAGUGCUACAAAGAUCUUGGCCAAAGGAGCAAUGCCCUGAAAUGUUGUGAAACUGCAUUGUCAAUGCUGUCGGUCACCAAAGAGGAUAAAGAGGCUGAUAAAGAUUUAGAAACUUUACUUCCGUUGCUGAAAUUGUGAAACAAACAGGAAGAGGCAUUUUUAAUUAUGGUUUGACCAACACUGUGCAAGGAUGCAGGGAACCCAAGUCCCAGUUCUGAAAGCACAUGUGGAUUUUGAUGAGUUCAAUGAGAUUUAUAGCCACAUUAGGGUUAGAAUUUGAGGAGUAGGGGUGGAGAGAGAAUUCCAAGAGAUCAUAUCCAGUGAGCCUUUAAACUACUGGAAAGCACUUCCACUUGCACAAGGUGAUGCAUCCAAUUCCCCACUUUCCUUCUGUAACCCUCUCUGCCAUAUCCCAUACCAUUCCAGAUAGUUCCCAACUCUCAGGAGCAGCUUUUGAGGGGUGGGAGGUAUGGAGGUCUGCAGUGGAUAGGCGGGAUAGGCAAAAAGCAGGUGCCUCCCUUAUGCAAGCAGACGCUCUUUCCAUUAUUACUACAAAGCAACCACUGGGUACAACUCAGUGAAGGGCAUUUCUAUAUGAAAAGUGAAAUCCCAGUGGAAAGUGAUGGAACUGACUUGUCUAAACCCACAACUCACAAAUAAGUUACUUCAAGCCCACUAACACGUGGCUGUUGCUCAUAUGCUAAAUAUGAAUGCCUUGAAUACCAAUCCAAACUCCCAUUCAGAUGGGUUUGUUGAGGCAUGCAAACACUCCAAUUGUCUUUGUGGUGGUGGGGUCACAUUGAAGACUCUGGAGUGACUGGACAAGCAACAUUAAAGCAUCUGCCAUAUGCCUCAGGCACUGACCCUUUGACUGGGUUGAAGAAAGUGCAGCUAACUCAAACUGUUUUUCUCCUUGGCAGCGUGUACUCAUAGGCUGCCUGUAGCAGAAAACUUCUCAUUCCUUUUAUUGAUUAAUCUGCAACUAAGAAGCUGUGAAUUGGGAUCCUUAGAUGAAUCAUGCCAAGGAAAUUAGAACAUGGAAAUCAUGCGUUUGUCUUUUUAAAAAUCCGUAGUGACUGUUUAAUUUUUAAGUCUUUGCUGGGAAUAUCCAGGCAUAAAAUCCACUGCUGGCAAUGGGUAUCUUGGUACUUGCUGAAUGAUAGUCAUUAAUUGUAUUAAGAGUGAUUAUUACCUGCAGAAACAUGGAAAGCUUCUUGAUGUGUGUGUUCCUUUACUUUUUCUCUUGGGAAGUAUAUAAGUUGUGGGAAAAUUGCUCCCCUUGGCUGCUAUUUUAAUCUCUGGAUCAUAAAUAAAAAUGCAAUAGAGACUGUAUAAAUCAUGUAUUUAUAUUACGCUGCUUGAAGCAUCUGAAAUUGAAAUAUUAAAUGAGAUUUGAUGGAA